AUGAUCAACGCCGAGUGGGAAAAGAUUUCGGAGCAGGUCCGGGCCUCGAGGCGCACCGCCAAGCUGUUGGAGUCCCGCCUCCAGGAGCGAGAAGCCAUCCUGGCACAGUACCACGAAGAAGAUGAAGCCGUCGACAUGCUUAGAGCCGGAGGUCCUCUGGGAUUCUGGGUCAAGUAUCGAAGCAUCAACAUUAGAAGCUCGAGAUAA